CACUAAUCCCUACCUAUGCCACCUUCCUUUGCCUCUUUCAUUGUUUCCUAACCCCCGAGCAACAGCUUGCUCAAUCAGCCACAAUGAGCAGUCCGCACCGCCUCCCACCGCCAUCCACCACGUCCUCCGAAGCCGGAGACCACAAGCCGUACACGCACGACGACUCAUGCAUCCAAGUGCGCUUCGACCCGCAGUUCCGGACGUCGCACCGGCGCAAAGAAUCGCUGUCGGGCACACUCACUGCCAGCAGCGGCGGCAGCAGCGCGUUCCUUCACAAGAUUCUCGGAAACUGGGAUAGUCUCCGGGACGAGGAGGCGACCAGCGAGGCGGAGGAUGAACAUGAAGGCGUCCAUGCGGGUUACUUGAAGAGUAUGACCAGGAGCCAGCUGCAUGAUAUGGUACUGGGGCUGAGGGAAAUGGGGAGGAAGUACGCCAAUGUUCACCUCCACAUGAGGGUUCGCGAAGUAUUUAUUCUUACCAAGCCGUGGGAUACGAGCCUUGCGGUGCACACAAGACAAUUGGCGAAGUGGCUGCUCGAGAACGGGUACAACGUAUAUGUGGAAGAUACUUUCCGUGACAACGCACGUUUCGACGGCGAAGGGCUCGUGAUGGAGGUGGUGGUGCAGGAUGGUACGGAGCUGGGGAAGCUGGGAUAUUGGACGCAGGCAAUGUGCACGGAUAAGCCCGGCGGCUUCGAUUUCGUGUUGACGCUGGGAGGUGAUGGGACAGUGCUGUAUACCAGCUGGUUGUUCCAGAAGGUCGUUCCGCCGGUGCUCUCGUUCUCCUUGGGAUCGCUGGGAUUCCUGACGAAAUUCGAUUUUGCGGAUCAUCCAAAGACGCUAUCGCGCAUGUUUGGCACAGACGGAGUGACAGUAGGGCUGCGAGUACGCUUCGAGGGAACUAUAAUGCGCGCCAUUCCCCUCGGCGAAGGGGAGGAGAAAGAGAAAGAACGCAGUCUCCGUGUAGAGCUGCUGGAGCCUGAUCACCACCCAGAUACCCACCGUCCGGACUGCUCAGUGGUGGUUCUCAACGAGAUCGUUGUCGACAGAGGUCCUAGUGCUACUAUGACUACCGCUGAGCUCUACGCAAACGACGAGUUCCUCACCUCUAUCGCUGCCGACGGCCUCUGUGUCGCCACCCCAACCGGCUCGACGGCGUACUCCCUCGCCGCAGGUGGGAGCUUGUGCCACCCGGCGUUACCAGGAAUGCUAAUCACGGUAAUCUGCGCGCACUCCCUAACCUUCCGUCCUAUCAUCCUACCGGAUAACAUAGUCCUACGCAUCGGUGUCCCCUACGACGCGCGCACCAGCUCGUGGGUAAGCUUUGAUGGCCGACGGCGCACAGAGUUAAAUCAGGGAGAUUAUAUCACCAUAGUCACCAGCCAGUAUCCACUUCCGACGGUGCAGUACCGCAUGGAUAAUAAGGACUGGUUUGAUUCGAUCAAGCGGACGAUGAAUUGGGGAGAUAGGAUCUCUCAGAAGAGCAUAAGUUAGAACUGCUGGGAUAGAGAGGAUAGGAUGAAAAGUGUACUUGUAGUAUAGUUUGUGGAAGUACAUAACGAUUUUUUGAUGUGAUAUGCUGGACGCAUGAAUUGUAUAAUUUUGUCUGGAUACUUCCCAGUCUCUCGGGAUGAACGGGUGAUAUGUGAUGAGCA